GCAAUCAGCUGAUUUACUCGCGAUCAGCUGUGCCGUUCUGGUCAUGACGCGUGUGCGAAGAGUGCGUUCCUCUCGUCCAUCAUUUGAGAUUCACCGGAACUAUCUGUAAAUUUAUGGAAUAAAAAGACGCACUCUCGACCAGAAAAAUAGAAGAGGUUCACGUUGAUCAUUCAGUGAUUGAAAAUCACGCCGAAAGAUGAGUAAAUACGUGAACUUGGCAACCGUGGGCACCGCUUACGCCAUGCGCAUGAAUCGCCUGAGCAACCGGAUAUUCGGCGAAGUGGUCAGGCCGACUAGCAGGAGGUCGAUGAAGGUUGUGAAACUCUUCAGCGAGAAGCCGGUGAACAAGCGGCCGGAGAUCGUGGAGUAUUACCCGAGGUUCAAGGAGACGGAGGUACUGAUGAAGCACCUGCGCAACUACGGGCUUUUCAGGGACGAGCACAAGGACUUCCAGGAAGAGUACGAUCGUCUGAGAGCGCUGCGUGGCAAAACGAAAUGGAUACCGCCACCUUUCCGAAAUAAAAAGGAGGAAGAAAAUAAAUCAUAGAUUCGUACAUCAUCUAAGCUGCAAAAUGUGUUUCACUUGUAAAUAAAUCAAGAACAGUAAACCAGUAA